UAACACUACUCCUUAAUUUUGAUUAAAUUUUGUCAUGAACGCGUAAAUGUUCAAGACAUAAUAUUUAUUUAUGGUAUUAGAUACCUAUCGUUAAUGGCGUCCAUAAAAUUAAUAUUGAGCUGUAUUUUAAUGAUGGUAUCAGUAUAAUGAUUAUUUAAAUCGGCACUGAAUUUUUUUAGUAUUUUUUUGGUAAUAAAAUAAUAAAACAAUGUAUCCGCGAAAAAGCUUAUUGGAUCUAAAUAAUAAUAUGUUGGACGUGAAUAAUUUGUUUCCAACGCCCAUGGAAAGUGAUUUAUUGCAGACAUUAUUAAAUCCAGGCCGAUCACCAUAUAACCAAUCAACGCCAAUAAAUUCAAGCUCAAAUGAUUCAACAACCCCCGAGUCCCUCAUAGAUGUAUCUAUGAAAUCUUUUAUGAAAACUGAUAAUGAAACUCCUAGUGCAGUACGACGCCAUCGUCCAAUAUUUGGUCGAAGAAUUAUGAUUGGGGAUGCACAGCCAACAUUUGAACCAACUCACACACCAAGCUUUGAAACGACAUUGGAUAAAAGUCUUUCAAAUAUUUGGAAAGAGGACAAUGACUCUGUAUUCUCACAAACACCCCCAAAGUAUUAUAAUAAUGAAUACAAUUACAAUAAUAGUGAAUUCUAUGAACUAUUCCCGAAAGAGAGCAGAUCAGCAAUUGGAAACAAUUUGAUGAACAAUAGAAACUUUUCUAUGACAUCUUCUGAUUUGUCAUUGAAUAUGAACACAUAUCAAUCACAGUUCACAUCAGCAAACUCUUCAAAUAUGAGAGCUUCAAAACCUUUUGGGCCGACACAAUUCGGACCAUUGACCACACCACAAGUAACAUUUGAGAGUAGCUCAAAAUUUCCAUUCAAUACGAAGAUAUGUUCAUUUUGCCGGAAGAAUGGCGAAGCUCCAAACGUGUACGGGACACAUACUGUGAGGCAGAAAAUAGGAAACAGAAGCGUAGUCAUGUGCCCCAUCUUGAGACGUCACGUGUGUAACACAUGCGGAGAGACCGGAGACAACGCACAUACCAUAACAUACUGCCCCAUUUUGAGAAGAACAAACAAUGGUGCACCGCUUCAGUCUACCACAAUUACUCUGAAGAAUACUCGUGUUAAGAGCAAUGGUAGGAGACGAUUUUGAAUUUUAUCGGUUUAUGUAAAAAGUAAUUUAUUUCCCGCAAAGAAAGCCAACGAAAUUAAUUAGCUAUUUUAGAUUAACGCAGCCAAUUCUGAAUGUAUUUCAAAUGAUUUGCUUGUUCUAAAGUCUGAACAUGAUUUUGCAGUUUUCUGGUGGUCUUAUAUAUUUGUGUUCACAAGUGCUCAAAGCUACUAGCAUAAUGUGUAUUAUUAGGAAAAAAAUUAAGGUUUUUAAUAUUAGGUCUAAUAAUUUGCCUAUUGAGAUUUGACAAACUAUUUUAUAUUAAAAAAAAUCUUUAUCUUUAAACAUUGCCAAUAUAAGUUGUCACCAUGAACAUUUUCAUGAUAAUAACUCUUGUUUUAUGAAUGUUCAUGUUUUAUUAAAGAGUAAAAUAGCACAAAAUUCUAUUCUAAUAAAUGCUAUGACAGCAACUUAAAUGAGUUCAUCAGUUUUAAUAUCAAGUCCGCGAUUACAAUUUAUAGUACAGAACUGGACAUUACUUUUUUUUAAUUGCGCUCACUAGAAUAUUUUCCAAUGGACUAUUUUUGCCGCACGUCAUUCCAGUGCUGAAUAAGCUAGCUAAAUGUGUUAAUUGGCAGAAUUAUCAUUAUAUAAAAUUAAAGUAUAACUCAUUAUCAUUUCACAAAAAAUAGUCAUUAUAAUCAUCUAAUUAUCAUGUCUCAUAUUAAAUACUUCAAAUCAUUUUAUUUGUCCCGUAGCAUAUUAUUACCUCUUUAUCAUAUGAUUAUGUUAUAAGAAAAAAUAUACGGAAAUCUUAUUAUAAAUUAUGGAUACCCGAGUGCACGUAAGUCAAAGCUCUCUGGUAAAAUAUUGCCACAGUGUUCCAAUACAAGAGUGACCAGGCUUUUGUCAUGAAAAAAGAAAAUGUUAAUUUUUUGCUAAUUAAAAGAUAGUUUAAGUGCUGGUAACAUUAAACACUAUUUUUAAGCAUGCAACAUUUAUAUGUACAAAUUCACUACAAUAUGAGCAUUUUCGAAGCAUUCAUGACAAUGCGAUAAAAAAAAAAUUAAAAUACAAAGAUACAUUAUUCGUAUUUAGACAUAGGACCUUGACAAUCUUACAUAUUUUCCAAUAAUUGUGCUUUUAGUAUUUUUAAACUUUUACUGCUUUUUUUAUAUUAAUUAUUUUUGACAUUUGUCGUUCUUUGACAAGGUUUUACCUUAUACAAUCUUAAUUUUGACGAAAAAAGAUUUUUUAUAAUAAAAAAAAAACAUUGACAAAUUUUAUGAAUAAUCAUAAAUAAUCAUGAGCAUUAUAACAUAUUUUAUAAUUUGACUAAUACAUUCGAAUAUAAGACAACCUUUUUCAAAUAUUGCAACUAUAAUAAACCAAUAAAGAUCUCUUGAUUGGUCACACUUCUAACAUUUUUUCAAUGUUGGUAAUAAAUAAUCGUUUUUCAAAUAAUGGCACAGAAAGCCAUUGUUCUUUUUUUUUAAAUAUGGUAUAUAAGUUGACAAUAUAUAUAAUUAUGUUAUAGUAUCUUGAAAGAUGUAUAGUUUUAAAGUUAAUAUGGGAUUUGACUAAUAAAAAGAACACUUAAUUAACAUUGCCAUGUCACAUCACAAUAAUUGUUCUAAAGUUUUGCAAUUACAUAUCUACAUUAUAAUCACUUUACUUCAAUGGGUUUUUACCACAAUUUCUACUUCUAUUUUGCUCUUGAUAUGCCUAGCCCUAUAAAUAACCUUUAAAUACAUAAGUAAUUAUAAUCAGAAUUUGUUUUCCCAUUUUUAACAAUUAAUUCAUUUGUGUCAAACACACAACUUAAUAUUAUUAAUUAUUAAUAUGACUUGUUUUUGGAUCUCAAUUUUAUUAUGUUGAUUAUAAGACUUGAAUUUAAGAUUUUUUUUUGUUUAAACUUUUGAUAUGUAGUUUUUGUGUAGGCAUAAGGCAUAGGCAUAAGCGCCAUUUUCUGUUGUAUGCUUAGUUCGGUAUUUUUAUUGUAAGUACAGUUAUGUGAUAUUAUUGAUAUUGAUGCGAUAAUAUUGCAGGGGGCGAUGUUGAGUAUGAUAUUGUUUAAAUAUUUCUUUUUGAUGCUUUCAGCAGUUUUAAAGUAGUUUUUAAGAAAAAAUGAUAAAGUGCCCAAAUGAUAUUGGAUUUCUCUUUCUCACUCUCUUGGCGUUCAUUUCAAACAUUGAGUUUGAAUAUAUAUUAUCAGCUAUUUUAACCAACUAUUAAAUAUUCAUAAUGAUAUUGUCACAAAAAUGAAAUUAUUACUAAAAUGUCUUAAAACUAAUUAUGGACAUUGUCGACCUCACCGUGAGUACGGUGAGCAAAAAAAAAAUUUUUUUAUUGGGGAGAAAACGUCGACUUAUGAACAGAAAGGAUGGAAUUAGAUCUGAUUCCAAAAUGUGAUUAAUUACGACAAUUAUAAAAACAUUGCAUUCAAACACAUAUAUAUCUGUCACACCCAUAAAAUAGUUUUUAAUGAAUAUGAACUAAUAUAUUUUUGUAUCGUACUUUGAUAGUGUACAAAUUCCAUUUUAUGAAUAAUAAGUAAAGAACAUUUUCCGACGGUGUGUGCAAAAAAAAACUACAAUUUUCUACUUUUAUAGUAUAGGUGAUUGGUAAUUUUCUUGUUUCCUCGAUUAUAACUCAAUUUUAAAUUUUAUUUCAAACACUUAAAAUCGAUAAUAGUCUGAAGCAUGAUACAAACGCAAAUGAUAAUUUUGCUGACCUAUACUAGACUCUGACAAAAUAAAUUUAAAAGUAAAA